AUGUUGAAGCUUAAAAAGCCGCAUUCAUAUAAUAUUAAGGCGGAAAACAAUUCGAAAAGCUUUUAUCCAUUUCAAUCAGCUAGAAAAUUAAAAUCCAAUUACUCGUAUGAAGAUUUCUUUAUGUCAUCUGGCGUUGUUUGCUCAAUGAAUUCAGAAGUGUAUGGUUCCUCCACUCAGCCAUUAAUUCAGUUCCUAAUUGAAAUUAAGAACCAUCAUCAGUCAACACUUCCCAUUCUUUAUUGUUUAAGUCUGUGA